UUACAUCAUUGACUGUGUAAGUCUUUGACUCAGAAGCAGAUAUUGAUUACCCUCACCUUUGUUAUAAUAAUGGAAUAGUCUGAACUUUGAUGUGGGAUAAACCAUAUGUCUUUGAGUGGGUGUGUGUGUUUCAUAUGUCAUAUCUCACAAAAUCUCACCAAUUUAGAUGCUCAGAUCAAACACGCUUUUACUUUCACUACACUAGAAAUAUAGAUGAUGAAGUUAUUAUUGGAAAAUGUUUGUGAUUUUGUUUGGUGCCAGAUGCUUUAACUAAAAUCUAAUGGAGUUUGGAUAUUUUUUUCACACACUGGAUGUUGGAAAUUCUGUAGAUGUCUAGUUUUGUUUUUCUCACAGGAAGUUAGAAAAAAAAAGGCAAAUGUGGAUAAUAUUUCGCUGAUAUUUCAAGAUAAAUUUGAUGUUUAUUGUUAAAAGAAAUCAUAUGUGCCUUCUGUGUUAACACAAGCUUCAAGAUAACUGGAGAUUUAUUGCUUUUGUAGUUCUAGUUAAUUGUCAUCUAGUAUUUUAUGGAAACACAUGCUUAUCUUAGAUCUAUGGUAUUUUAUUCUUAAUUACAAGAAAAAAGGAAUUUUGAGAACAAAUUCAAUUGGAAGUGAUAGAAAAAUGAAAAAAAUAAGGCCAGGUUAAAACUUGGAUGUGAUAGUUUCUAUUGUGUGUGCUAAAUUCUAUUUUUCAAAAGGAAUUUACAUGAAAGAUAUUAGACACAGUAGAUAUUGACAUGUCCGAUGAUUUUUACUUAUCAUUAGAGGAAAUUAACGAAGAAGACAUUAUAAUUGGGGAUGAUGAUGAAGAGGAGGAUGUUUCACCCAAUGACAAUCUUACAUUUUCUGCCUUCAAGCAACAACAGUCAAAGAUGGCAGAAAAAAAUGAACAACAAAAAUCUAAUGAGGAACCGAGACAAAACGAGACCAAACAAACUGUAAAAGGAAUGUCGACCAAUGAUAUAUUAAUGCUAGCAUUGCAGGAAUUACAUAAUGAAAGAGGCAGUUUAUUGAGAGAUUUAGAUGACGAAGAUCGACACAGAAAAUGGUAUUUUGAACAACUAGAAAACAUUCGACGUAAAGUGGACGCCCUACCUUCUGAUUUGCAUAAUCGACAGUUAGACCUAACGAGAAGACAGUACCAGUUAGAGGCUAAGAAGGUACGGGACACUUUUGAAGAAACACUCGGUACUAAUGAACAGAUAAUACAAAGACAGGAGGCACGUUUACAGAGAGUAAGAAUUAUAGAGGAGGAAAUCAUGAGAUUGCACAGUCAGCAACAACGAUCUCGGCAACAACAGAUGCAAGUAUCAAACAUGUCAGAGUCUACAGAUAAGGAUCAGACAGAAGAUAUAUAUAACCAGGAACCAGAACAAGACCAAGAGGAAGUAGACAAUAUCUCCAUAGCAAUACAGACAGCAGACUUAACGACGGAUGAAGCUGCCGAUGCUACCAUUAUUGAUCCUGAUGCUAGCUUUAAUGUAUCUUCCCUUUACCACGGUGCUUGGCCAAUCAGCCCUCUCAAAAAAGACUCCAGAGAAAACAGUAUCCAAGGUGUUUCUCAACAACAACAACAGCAGGAUGUUGCCAGUAUUAUGUCCUUCAACUCUACAAAUACAAAUAACUCCCAGAAUUCCAAGUUACCUACUAAACCUCAUCCUCCUUCCAUUGGAGAACCACCUGAGGAGGUGAACGGUGCUACAGGCCAACCACAACCAUUUGGAACUAAGGUUGAAAUGGUGUAUUCCUUGUUGAGUAUGUUAGGUACACAUGACAAAGACGAUAUGAGUCGUACAUUAUUAGCCAUGUCUAGUUCACAGGACAGUUGUAUAGCCAUGAGACAGUCAGGUUGCAUGCCACUUCUCAUCCAGCUUCUCCAUGGAAGUGACAAAGACUCCGCCUUACUGGGGAACACCAGGGGCAGUAAAGAAGCUAGAGCAAGAGCUGCUGCAGCAUUACAUAACAUUGUUCACUCACAUCCUGACGACAAACGUGGACGGAGGGAGGCAAGGGUGCUCAGAUUAUUGGAGCAACUUAGAGCACAUUGUGAUCAAUUGAGAGAUAGUCUAGAUGAAGAGGAAGAUGGAAAAGUAAAAACAGCUCCAAGAACAGGUGAUAUGGAACACCACCCAGGUCCUGCUGUAGCUGCUCUGAUGAAGUUAUCAUUUGAUGAGGAACAUCGCCAUGCUAUCUGUUGUCUAGGUGGCGUUCAAGCAAUAGCUGACCUAAUUGAAGUUGAUCAGCUGACUCACGGUCAUACAACAGAACAAUACAAUAUCACAUUACGACGUUAUGGCUGUAUGGCACUGACAAAUCUUACAUUUGGUGAUGGAACAAAUAAAGCUCUUCUCUGCUCAAUGCAUGGAUUUAUGGAAGGACUUGUUGAACAAUUAAAAUCAAGUUGUGAAGAUUUAGUGCAAGUUGCUGCAAGUGUCUUGCGGAAUCUGUCUUGGAAGGCUGAUUUAGCCAGCAAGAAAUCUUUACGGCAUGUUGGUGCAGCAACAACUCUGAUGAGAGCUUCAAUGGUUGUGAAAAAGGAAGCAACAUUAAAAAGUAUUCUUAGUGCUCUUUGGAACUUAUCUGCUCAUGGUAGUGAAAACAAAGCAGAAAUAUGUGCUGUUGAGGGUGCUUUGGAGUUUCUAGUCAAAACAUUAACAUAUAAAAGUCCGUCCAAAACUACUGCUGUCAUUGAAAAUGGAGGUGGUGUUUUGAGGAACAUUUCAAGUCAUAUUACUGUGCGUGAAGACUAUCGAUUAAUUUUACGACAACAAAACUGUUUGCCACUAUUACUGCGACAGUUACGAUCGGCAAGUUUGACAAUUGUUAGCAAUGCAUGUGGCACAUUGUGGAAUUUAUCUGCACGUUGUGUUGAAGAUCAGAAGGCAUUGUGGGAUAUGGGUGCCGUUAGCAUGUUGAAAAAUCUAGUAAACUCUAAACAUCAAAUGAUUGCAAUGGGAAGUUCAGCAGCAUUGAAAAACUUGGUAGCUGCUUUCCCUUCUAUCAAAAGUAUGAACAUGGACUUGAAACAAAAUAUGAACAGGCCGAUGCUACAUGUUAGAAAACAAAGAGCACUUGAAGAAAGUAUUGACCAGAAUCUCUCAGAAACAUGUGACAAUGUUGAAAGUCCUCGGGACAGCCCGACUGAUACAAGUCAAGGUGAUAAGGAUCGAUCACACUUCCGAUUUCCUGUCAAUCAAAAUGUUGUAAACCAAAUAGAUGAGGUUGAUGGAGGUUUACCGAGAGGUCCUGUAUAUCAGCACAGCAAUAGUGGGGAAAAUUCACCUAGAUCUGACAGUCGCUUGUUGUCUCCCAAACGUGUUGCUAGAUCUGGAAGUCAGGACAGUGUUGGAAGUACUCAUUCAGAUAUUUCUCAUGACAGAUUACGAUAUCAUGGCAUCAAACAAUUACAGGAUCGUCAUGGUGGAAGUUUAGAUCGUAACACAGGACAGAGACAAAAUGUUCUUCCAGAAAAUUCUCAGCUCAAAAAUGCCAAUAGUAGAAUAGCACAGACAAUGAAAGAAGUUGAAGCUCAGAGAUUAAUGGACAAUAAUAUGAAUCAACAGGCUAUUGUUAAUCCUCAAGCCUCGAGAGCAGACGGACAAUUCUCACUUCCACAUGCCUUACUUUAUCGUAGCUUUAAUAUGCCAUCUAGUAGUAAUCAGCAGGUUGUCAUGGGUAACUAUGGCAACAAUCCUAUUUAUGGUAUGCCACAGACAGUUAAUAUGAUAUACAACGCUCAGUCAUCGUCAGAUGAGGACAACGAUCAGCCAAUAGAUUAUAGCAUGAAGUACACCGAUGUUCAGAACACACCUUCACCAACCAUUCGACCUCAGUUACCUCCUGCUCCCAGAUAUGCCUUCGUGAGACCUUCAUCUGAUCAACAUGUAAACAUGGGACCAAGGAUGAUGCAUCAUUCAUUUUCGGGGCAGCCAUCUUUUAACCGUUUUGGCUUCCAACAGCAAAUACGAAUGAUGUCACCAAGUUUCCCACCACCUCAGGUCAUGAUGAAGAUGUCGUCGUCAUAUACAGAAACUGAUCUUGACCAUGAUGACCAACCAACUGAUUUCUCCGUUCGUUAUGCUGAAAACCAUGACGAACCUUACAAUGAAAAGCAGAGAGGUUAUGAACCAGAAAGGUCAAGACCUUAUGAACCAAGAGAACAGGACCCAUACAAAAACUGUGCUGAUUGUAAGUUAGAAGAGGCAAGAUGGAUGAAUGAUCGUAUAGAGGAAAUGCAUGGUAAUGAAGACCAGGUCACAACCUUUUAUACAGAAGGGACGCCAAGAUAUUAUUUGUCGAUGGCAAACUCACUAACCGAUCUAUCAAAACCUGUUCAUGAUCAUGACAAUAAUGACACUGAUGAUGGACAGAUGAAGGAAGAACCCACUGAUUAUAGUUCUCAGGUUGACGAGAAACAAAGUGGUUCUGGAUCAGAGAAACGAAGUGGAUCUGGUAGCCUGAACACAGACCAUAAUACUGGUUCAACUGUUAUACCCAGUUAUAGUCGUAAUAGUGCCGACAAGGAAAUGAGUCCAGAUAGCAGUAGAGACGAAGAGAAUGUCAUUCAGCAGUCAUUCCAUGCUCCCGAUGAUGAUGAUACAGCCGAAGACCAAAUUAAGACUUAUUGUGAAGAAGGCACACCAAUCUGUUUCUCUCGAGUAAGUUCAUUGAGCAGUUUACACAGCAGUGAGGCCCAUGAUCGAGGUGAUAAAACUCCCACUACAGGAGUCUCUAAUCUGCAAAGUAUUAAUGAACAUGAUGAUACACCUCAGAAAAAACCAAUGUGUGCACCAAAGUAUACUCCUAUUACUGGCAGACAGAAAUUAUUGAGCGAUUCUGACAACACAGAGUGUUCAGAAAAAGAACGAAAAACUGUUACAUUUGAUGAUAGCCACCAUGUUGAGGACACACCUUUGAUGUUUUCCAGAUGCAGUUCUCCCGAAUCGUUAAGUAGUUUUGAUGGUCAUUCAGUUCAUAGUUCAGUAGUGAGUGAAUAUAGUCGUAGAGCUAGUGAAGUUGUCUCACCAAGUGAACUGCCAGAUUCACCAAGUGAAAGUAUGCCUGGAAGUCCAAACCCUGAGCAAGAACAAGAAAAGGGAUCAGAUACUGGUAGCAAACAGAGUGACUUCCCUUCCCUGCCGAAACAGUUCACAAACCUGCUAGGAAGGAAUGUUCAAAUGGUUCGACCUCUUCCACCAGGUCCUCAGAAUCCAAUUAAACGUAUUCCAAUGGACACUGCCUCAACUGUAAGCAAAGAUGAACCACCGAGAAUUUAUGCUGAUGAAGGUACACCGCCAUAUUUUUCGGAAACUUGUAGUGUUCUCAGUUCAUUGACAGUCGAUGAUCCUGAACCAGUAAAGCCACUGGAUUUGAAAAAUAAUACUUAUACCUUGACAAAUAUAGAUGAAAAUGAUGAAACUGUUGUUUACGACCAUGAGAAAGAUGAUUCAUCUAAUUCUGAGGUUUCUGAAGGGGAAGAAGAUAUUUUGAAACAGUGCAUCAGUGCUGCUAUGCCUAGAAAGAUGCGCAGAAGUUCCUCUGACAACAUGAUAAAAAAGAAAAAUGGCUCAAAAUCUGAAUCACCAAAUAAAUCUGACAAACAAAAGCAAAAAACUGCUAUGAGAAUGUCACAUUCAGAAGAUUUCACCAAUAAUGGUGCUGCCGAUGAUGACGUCAAGCUGUUUGCAAAUGAAGGUUUACCACCUCAGGCAAAUGUCAAAAAGGUACCACCGCAGCCACAACCAAAACCUAAAAAUCAAAAUAAUUAUCAGUUAGGAAGUGAAAAUCAGGAUAGUUUGAAGAAGUAUGCUGAUGAAAAUGUUCCAUAUAGUAAAAAUCUAGCAUCUGCCAAACAGCAAAAUCGUCAGGCUCAAGGGGGGAGAGUUUUACAAGCACAGCAAACAAAUUCUCAAGUAUUCUAUAAGGUUGGACCAUCUGCUCAGCAUCCACAAGGUGAUACUUUAAGGCAUUAUGCAAAUGAAGGGGCACCACCAAUCCAAAAUGCAAACAAACCUAAAAACUUCCAGAAAAUUCAAAAUAUAUUGAGAGGUGAUGUUGACAUUUAUGAUUCUUAUGGAGAUUCUGUGACAUCAUAUGCUACUGAAGGAACGCCAAUGAAUGGAUCAGCUGCUGUGUCGCCCAGCGUGAAGAAAGCAAAUCCAUUCAAUUUUGAAGACGUUGAUGAAGUUGAAAUUCCCGAUGAUGAUAUGGUAAAGUCUUAUGCUGUUGAGGAUACGCCCUAUAAUAUAUCAAUGCCGACAUCUCCUAAGCAUGAGCAGUCGACAGAUAAGGCAAAACUAGAGGAGAAACAUAAGGAAAAGUUAAAACAGUUAGCCGAUCUAGAUAAACAUGAAGGAGAAGAUGCUGUUACCACCUAUGCCACUGAAGAUACGCCCAUUAGCUUUUCUCAUGCAACUUCUCUAAGUGACCUCAGCGUAAUUACAACAAAUCUGUCCGUAGGGGACGAAAGCUUGAGUCCAAAACCUGAAAUUAAACUGAAAAAUGAAACUGAGAAUGUAAAUGAAAAGGAUGAAAUAGAGCAAGAAAAUGCGGAUAAAACUUUAAAAGGGGAAGACGAUGAUACUGAGUCAGAAGGAAGUUCGUUUGAUGAUGAUAGUGAUGACCUACUUUCUGAGAUUAUAAUGUCUGCUAUGCCUAAAGGGAAAGACUUAGGAGAUAAAAAUGCUCAGGUGAAAAAUUCUCAAAAAUAUGAUACUGAUCGUAAGGCGGAAGGGUCAGAAACAAAAUCAAGUACAAAAUCUUGUCAAUUGAAUGAAAAGCAAGUAAAGAGUCAACCAGAAUCUCAUCCAAAGGCCUUCCAACCUCAGCGAACCUCAAGUCAUAUUAGUACAAGUGUACUGAACAUGAAUACCGAUCAGAUUCGUACAUACACAACUGAAGAUACUCCAAAUAAUUUUUCAAGUGCUACUUCUUUGAGUGAUUUAACAAUUGAUUCAUCAGACAUACCUAUUAAUUUCUCUCAUCCAGUAACAACCGGAUCAACAACUUUCAAGGAGUCCAUAUCUAUCAGUAGGACAUUUCAAAAUUCAGUCGACGAUUCUGUCUUUAUUCAUAGUGAAUCUGCCGAUUCUGUUCGUAUUUAUAAUGUUGAAGAUACACCUCAGAGUUUCUCCUGCAGUGAUUCUCUAAGCUCACUUGGUAUUAUUGAUGAUGAUAAAGAUUCCACAUCAGAAAAACUUGCUAAACUUCUUGGAAGUUCAAAAACAUCUAAAAGUUCUGGGUCUUCCAUUUUACCAGAUCCUGACCUUCAGCGGGAAGUGGAAGGUCAGUCAAGUGAUGAAACGAAGUCUACAAAAUCAGAAUCAGUAAAAAGUUUAGAAACUGAGGAAAUAAAGAAUACUAAUUUUGUUGAUGAUGAUGAUGAUGAUGAUGCUGAAUUCUCAGAACUUGAUGAGGCUUUGCUUAAUGACUGUAUUACAUCUGCUUUACCCAAGAGUCGACCAAAAAGUGAAAUGGACAAAUCACAAAAUUCGUCAAGACGAAGUGUUCCAAAUUCUUCCUCUCUAAAAGAUAUUUCAUCAAAUACAAGGAAAGACAGGCAUUCCAUUGAUUCUGGUCUUCCUUUCUCUGAAUAUCACGGUACAAUAGAAACACAGGCGGAAGUUCACAGCAGGAUGUCUAGAAGUUGUUCGUCUGCAGAGGAUUUUGAAUAUAUGAACCAUGGCCGAAGUCGACAUCAAACUCAUGAAUCACGCUAUUCCUCGUGGCAAAAGACUGCACAGGACAAACCAUCUGAGUUCAUUUUUGCCAAACCGGCAGAUGUGAAACGAGGUGCUUGGAAACGAUCAAGAUCACAAGACAAUGAAGGAAUAAAAGAAAGAAAAGAAUUUUCGAACAUGGAGUUGGCAAAAUCUGGCCAAUAUCGUGGACAUACAAUGCAUUAUUCUGUAGAAGCAAUUCCAACUUAUCAGGAUAACAACCAAUCAAUUCAUGGAUACCAUAGCUUACCACGACGUAAGAAUGUCCGCUCUAAUGAACAGUUAUAUGACAAGAGAAUGAAUCGUAGCUUGGAAAAGUUUAAUCAGCAGUAUGAUAAUAUAACAGACUACGGACCAAUUGAUCAUCCAAAACAAGCAAGUUACGAAGAGGUCAAUGAAAUUGCUCGAGAAAUUGCAUCUCACCCAAUAAUUGGACUUGAUAAUUUUGGUUUUGAUUCUGGUGGAAGUAAUGAGAACGUAGCAUUGGAUAGUGCUGAUGUGACCAUGACAGAAAAUGUGUGUAGUGCUAACGUAACAAUAACAAAUGAAGAUAUACAAAACGCAAUGCAAUUUGUCAUGCCUGAAGAUGGUGGAGAGGAUCCAGAGUGCUCCUUCGAGGAGGAAUUUACAACAGAAAAUGAAAGAAGUCUGUUGGAUGAUGCCAGUCGUAUUGUGAUGGAAAUUCAGCACAAACGUAUGAUUGGUAGUAGCAUGGAUGAAGAUAUGUUUAUUGAUAAUGAGACAAUGUCAUUAGUCUCUUGUGGAUAUACGUCGGAUACUGCUUCAGAAAAAUCUGGCACUUGGUCUGUACAUUCGGAAAAAAUAAGUGAUUUUUCAGGGUCCACUCCAACUGAAGACUUUUCUAUUUCUAGUGGACCAAGAAUUGUGAAACCCAACGAAAAACCAAUGGCACCACAGAAAAGUGUUGAAUCUGAUAAGUCUGUCAGAGGCCGUAGGAAGCCACUGUAUAGUCCAAGGACCCCACAUCAACAAAAACCUACACCAACUAAACAGGAAAUGAAUGCGAUCAAUGCAAAGCAGGCCAAUAUAACAAAAGCUAUUGCCAGACCAAGUGGACCAGCUAGGUCCAGGUCCCAUCCUCAGGCAAGUAGCACACCAAAUAAAGCACAAAUGAAACCCAAGAUUCCAAAACCAAAUGGCACUACACCAGUUAGUAGGCUCUCAGUUAAUGCUAAAAAUAGUCCAUCACGCUUACCAACUGCAACAACUCCGAAUCGUAAAGUCAUAGCUAAUAGUGCUGAAAAACCUAAACCUUUAGUAAAACAAGGAACAUUUACUAAGGAAUCGUCAUUUGAAAAUGCACCGAUUAUUGGGUCACAUGAAGACAAUCGUAAAUUGGAAAAUGUAGACAAUGUAGAUAAUGGACAACCAGUUUCUAGUGGCAAAAAGCAAAAUAAGGAAAAUGCUGUACCUAAUUCAUGGGUAAAAGCUUUAAAUUCUCAUAACUUUAUUUUGGACUCUACUGAAGACAAAACAGAAAACUUAGAAACAAAUAAGACUGUUGUCAAAACAUUAAAAACUAUUAAAAGUAGUGGACCUAGUCAGACAACAAAAACUCCAGUGAAAAACACUAAAAAUAAAGUUGUGAAUAGUGAUCUUAAGAAGACUUUAAGUGGCACACAGUUAAAUGUCACUAAAACUGGAAGUGGCAAUUCAUUGAAUAAAGUUGGAACCAACUUAAAUAAAUCUGGAAGUGGACAAAUGUUGAAUAAAUCUGGAAGUGGACAGAUGUUGAACAAAUCAGGCAGCAGUGUGAACUUGAAUAAAUCUGGAAGUGGCAAUUAUCUAAAUAGAUCUGGGCAAAAUUUGAAACAGACUGGAUCAAAUCCAAACCUGAAGAAAGUGUCUAGUAAAAGUGACUUGAAGAAAUCUGAUAGUAUUGCAAGUCUAAAAAAUAACUCGAGACCUACAACACCAGUGGCUAGAAAAAAUUCAGCUACUAACCCGCCUUCUAAUAAAAAAAGUGAAAGUCAGUUAAAUAAGUCUUCCUCUUUCUCUUCUGAAAAUCGUAGAGGUAGUGCCGGCGUGGGUAAAAAGCAAGUAGGAAGUAAAAUCGCUGGUUUAUGGAAAAAGGAUGACAGUUUCAAUGAAGGCACGCCAAAAUCAAAUAAUUCAAAACUUCCAGUUUCGACAGUAUCUCCAUCAAGAUUACCGAGAGCAAAUUCAGGGAGUAAACUCCAGCCACCUAAAACUGAUACAUUAAGUGCCAAAAACAUUUCAAUCGAUGAAGCAUCUGAAAAUCAAAAGGAUGAAAUAAGUCGUAGUUCAACUUAUGAUAAGUUAGUUACCGUUAAUCGUUGUAGUCAGUUGCCAUGCCCAGAUAACGAGUCUGAUGAAGAAGUUGAUAACGAGGUAAUGAAAUUGUCAGGAUUAUCACUUCAAGAUAAGGAUGAUGAUGGACUGAAAUCUAGAUCUAAGGGAAAUAACUCUGAAAAUCGUAAAAGUGUAGGAGGAAAAAGUUCACAAAGUAGUAUUUCCCCGGAGAAAGAAUCUACAAGUUAUUCAAAAACUAGUUCUUCAAGUAGUAAAGAUAUUUCACCAGAGAAAAAUAAAUCUGUGGGAGACUUUGAUUUAAAGUCCUUGGAGAAACGAAUCGAUUCUGGAACAUGGAAGAAAAAGAAGUCUGACUUGGAUAAGAGUAGUGUUCAAGUCCCAGAUGCAGACGAAACAAGCAAAUCACUGGAAGCUGUGAAACUACUACUGGAGUCUUCAAUAGCAAAUGGGAGCAUAGCUGGUAGUGUUAUGAAUGAAAGUGUUUCUAGUCAAGCAAGUUCAACUAUGAGUUCGUGGAGGAGAAAUACAGAGGAAUCAUUUGCUAGUGUCGCCAGUGACGACGAAGACUCAAUUUGGGUGAGACGAGAUGGCAAUACUUCUCGUUCAGAACCGGAGCUGAACAAACAUUCAUUAAGUCCAAAAAAGAAAUCAAAAGAGAAAAAGGAAGGUAGCAAAAGUUUUCUUCCGAAAGGAUUGAAAAAUAUAUUCAGUAGGAAAAGUUCGGAAUCUAAAAAAUCGGGAUCAAAAUCAUCGUUAUAUUCAUCACGUGAGAGUAUUCAUUCUAUUCACUCGGUUCAUUCAGUUCAUUCUGUGUCGGUAUGUGAAGUCAGGGAAAUUGAAAAAAUGAAUAAAAAGAAAGGAAAGAAGGAAAAGGAUAGUAAGAAAAGAAACAGUAGUGUAUGUUCCUUAGAUAAUGUAAAGACAAGUCCACAAUCGGCACUGGUUCCACCUUUUAAUUACAAGCCUUCUGCUACUGUUGUCAAAUCAGACACUGAGAGCAAAGUGGACUUGAACAAAAGUAGGAUAGACGAUGACGAUGUGUUCUUAAAGCCAGCAGUGCCAGCAAAGAAAGCUGCAGCACCACCGUCUACCCAGCAUGCAACAAAAACUGAAAUGUUAAUGGCUCGUAGACGAGCUUCGUUUUUGAACAGUGUGAAAUCUGACGGGAGUUCAGGGGAUGAGAAAAAAAGUAAAAGUUGUAAAGUGACUACAGUGUAAAAUAUUGCUCAUGAUAUAUAUAUCACGUUAAAUGUCUGGUAGGUUGUCUAUAGAUCUUCAUUUAUCACUGUUGUAACACAUUUAAUACAAGGUCGUUUUGAAUGAUUUUUUUACAAUGACAUCUGACUGGUCAAAUAUGAUUUGAGCUGAUUUGGAUAGAAAUCAACCCUAUGAAAAUGAAUAUCAAUACAUCUGUAAGCUUAUUUUGGGUUGAAAAAAUCUGCUUAAUCUGUACCUGUUUGGAAAUUAAGUUGGUAUAAGAACCCUACAAAACAGACCAAAAUUCAGCUUUUAUUUCGUUUUUGAAUAUUCCAAAAUCAAUCAAAGUCUUAUACAUGUAUAUGUUUACGUGCACUUGCAUAAGGUCGAUUUCUAUCGGAUGCAGCUCAUUUAUUGAAUAUUUUAUUUUAUCAUAUAUACGUUGUCCAAAGGUCUUCGUUUACCAUUGAAAUACAUUUAUUGCAGGUCAUUUUAAACGAUAAGAUUUUUUUCAUGAUACACAAUGACAUCUGACUGGUCAAAUAUAAUUUAUGGAAAUGUUUAAUGUAAUUCAUCUAUAGGUUGUCGAUAGAUCUUCAUUUAUCAUUGUUUAAAACACAUUUAAUACAGGUCAUUCUGAAAGAUAGAUUUUUAAAAUUAUGUACAGUGACAUUUGGCUGGUCAGAUAUAAUUUAUUGAAAACUACUUUAAGUUUAAAAAUACUAUUGAAAGUUAAAGAUGGCAAAUAGAUUACAAAAGUAUUGGAACUAUGCCCUUCAAAAUGUGUAAAAAAGUGUGGGCAAUUUCUGAAUAUGUUAGUACAAUGUACUGAAAAUUUAGAAAUUAUUGCAUGCAUUUAUUAUUGCGAUUUUUGAAAAAUGGACAAAAAUGUGAGAUUAAUUAUAGCGAUUUAAGAAAAAUGUGCAUUAAGAUAUAUUGAUCAGAUAUCAGAAUGCGAGUUCUUAUUAUUGCGAUGCUCACCCAGUCGCAUUAAUAAAAACAUUGCAGUAAUUUCUGAAUUUACAGUAGUAUAAGAUUAUGAUAGGACUUUUCUUGAGCUAUUAACAUCUUCAUUCUUGUCUUGGUGCUGUCCUAAAUCUAAUAUCAGGAUUUAUGCUGAUUCACAAUUUUCUUGCAUUUCCCCCGCUUCAAAAUACAAAUCAGUUCCUACACGUUAAGAUAAUUUGAUAACAGUUGUUCCCAAGAACUUCAAAAAGGUAGAUAUUAAUGACUUUAAAGAAAAUCUAAUAAGAAAAGACAGCUAUUUCAAAUUUCUUUUGUUUAAUUUCGAUUUUGUCAAAUUUUCCGUACAUUCAAUUUUAAUAAAAAAAAAUUAUUAAAUUUGUAAUUCAGCCAUCUGACAAAAAUUGCAAGGAAAUUUAUUUAUGAUAGAAUAGUGUUUGCUAUAAUGAAUGAACUUGUUUAAGGAUCUCAACUAAUUUUAAGUGCUGUAGAAAUAGUUCUGUAUACAAACAGAACAAUAGUUAAAGUUGUUGUAGCUUGUUAGUAAGAAUGUAUUUUGUAUAUGCUGUGUACUAAUUUUGUCAUAUUGUACAAAUCAUAAAGUGUACAGACUUUUUGUACAAGUUAUCAGUAUUUUGCAAACCUUAACAUAAUUUGAUAAAACAAGCAGACGAUCUUUCAUUUAGCUUGUUGCUGUCAAAUUUGCAAUGCUACGAAAAUUAUACGAAGUUUUUAUAAGGGCAUAAUGAUAUAUUUUGGGGAAUUGAAGUCUGGUAUAAGCCAAGAAUAUACAUGUAGAAUCUAAAACCAAUCUGGUGGUCUUAUUUGCAGUUUUAUUCCAAAGACACUGAUUAAUACUGUUAUGUUGAAAUAUACAGAUUUGUGUGUAAAAUAUCAAGCUCCCCUGGUUAACUAUUCAAGAUAAACUUACUCACCUGGUGAAAGAAGGCAGGUGUCAAAAUACUGAUAACUUUGUACAAUAAAGUCUGUACAAAAUUACUUGUACACAACAUAUACGUGCAUGAGUAAGAGUUAUUUUUCUACUUGAGUAUCUGAUAUCAAAUAUUAAUAUAACAGCUGUGCUUUAUCUUCAAAAAAUUCUCAUAUGCUUUUGUAAGAUAUGUUUUGUAUAAACUGAUGAUCAUGUGAAGUAUUUGAACUGUAGUGAAUAAUUUUCUGUGUUAUAAAAGGGUACAUAUCAGUCACUGAUUAAAUCACGCUUGGGGAACACACACCUUUUAACUUUGAAAAAAUUUAGUGUCUGACAAAGAAAAAUAUAUCCAAUUGUUCUAUGGUUGUACACAUUCGUGAAAAUUUUGGAUGCAUUGUAAAAUUAAAAUCAGCAAAGAUGAUCCCUUAUUUCAGUCCUUAUUUUAUUCUAAAAUUUCCAGAUACAUUUUUUUUAAAAUUUUUAUUUAACAUAAUUCUAAAUUUACCUUUUAACUUACAGAUUGAUUUUUCCUUUUUCCACAAAUAAGAACUGUUCAGUUCUUCCCUUUUUUGUUCAAAAUUACUUCAUCUUUCAAUAGACACAAGAGGAGUUCACUAAAAUAUAAAAUCACUUUAAAAAUGUAUACUCAAUACAAACCUACAUCUUUUUCUUUCUUUUUGUGAAAUGAAAUUAAAAGUUUACAAGUUUGUAGUAAAAAUAUCAAUUUGUUGGUGCAUUUAGCUGUUUGUAAAUAUAUGUAUAGUUAGUUGUUUAACUACCUCUAUGAAAUAAACUGUAAAUGUACAAAUAUUUGGUAGAUAAUUAACUGUACAAAUUUAUAGAAGUUUUUGCUGUUAUAUAAUGUAACAAAUUUGAUGUUAAUUGUCAGCUUUUUAUACAUGCAUAUACCUUUUGUUACCUUUGCAUUUAACAUUUAUAUUGCAAAAAUGUCCAUGUAAUUUUGAGCACAUUUGUUUGCCUGUGUAAAUUUGAAAACACAGUUAAAGAGAGAUAACUCUAACAAGCAUCAUAACUGUUCUGAAUGAAACAUCUGCUGCAUUUGUCUGCUUUUUAUAGUGAAAUUUUCUAUAGAUAUAUGAAUGAAAAAUUGUAUAUUUGAUAUAAGAGGCAUUAUUUCUGUAUUAAUUCCCCAUAAAUCUGGACUGAGAUCAGACAGCAACCCAAAUAAAAAAAAUCAUUAAGGCUCAAAAGAAAGUACACUUUUUUUUAAGGUCUACAAAUCAUUGUAACUCUUUGUAUUGAUCUUUUUUCUUCAAAUUUCUUCAAUGAUUAUGAUUGAUUAAUUAUUUUGAAGGGUUAAAACGUCGCUUGUGGCAAAAAAUAUGCAAAUGAAUACAAAUAGGGCCAUUUUUGUUCAAACAUUCCUGUAGGAAAACUGCAGUGUUCUGUUGUAAGAGGUAUUAGUAGUAAUUGUGUAGAAUUUUCCAUUCUUUACUGCCUCUCCAAAAUAUCUUUAUAUUUUAUAAGAUACAAUCCAAACAAAGAUCAUAUUCCAAUUUUGGUUUUGAAAUAUAUUAAAUCACUAGGAGUCAUAGUUUUACUCUGUUAAACAAGUCAUCUCUUUAAUCAGCAUAAAUUGUAAAUGGACUGGAUAUAUAUUCACUUUUUUCUAUCCUUUUCUGCCUCUCCAAAAUAUUUUUACUUUUAUAAGAUACAAUCCAAACACAGAUCAUAUUUCAAUUUUGGUUUUGAUAUAAAAUCACAAGGAGUCAUAGUUUUACUUUCUUGAACAAGUUACCCCUUUAAUCAGCAUAAAUUGUAGAUGGGACUGGAUAGAUAUCCCCUUUCUUCAAAAGAGUGAAGUAGAAGUAAAUCUAUAAAAUUUGAGUACUAAUUUAUUGAUUUCAUAAUGUUUAUAAUUUUGUUCCCAAAUUUGUUCUGUUGAAAGAGAAGGUUGUCAUAUGUCAGUAUUGAUAAAACAUGAUCUGUUUGGGGUUUGAGUUCAUGCACUAAACAGUUUUAAUUUAUUUAAAGGUUGUAAAAUUAAUUUUUAUGUGCAAAAAUUGGCAUUUCAUUUUUAUUAAUUAGUUGUUUCAAAGAUUUUAUAUAUAUGUGUUACUAGAUUUUUAACUUCAACAUUUAAAAAAAAAUUAGAUAAGUAAGACAGUAUUCCUAAUGUUAUUUCAUCUUGAAUCUUAAAUUAAUAAAAAAAGGUAAUUAAUCAUUCUUAAAUUUAUUGAAAUAGACACUCUCUUGGUAAUAAGUGGACCUUCCAAUAAAGUUCUAUAAAUGACACAAAAUAGAUUUGUUUUGCGGAGAGUAAAUAUGAAUACUGGUACUUACAAUUAUAUUACUGGAAAAUGUUACUUUUGCCGACUCUGCACUUUCUGAAAAUGCCUGUAUUUUAUCGCGAAAGAUUAUUUACGUAAAAAUUUACUACACACAAAAACUUCAUUUACCCUACUACAGCCAUCAUUAUCAUAUGUACAGGUUAAAAACUUGUUGUGUGUCAAGAAUCAUGUUAACAAGAUGUGUAUAUUAUGUGUAAACAAGUUGUGUAUAUUGUGUAAACAAAUUUACUGCCAUUUUGUAGUUGUGUUCAGUGACUGGAUGCUGGCCUAUUGUGGCUUCUAAUAUAAGUAUCAAAACUUA